GUAAUUUUGAUAAAAGUAAUUAUGUAACUAAAUAUGUAUUUUUAUUUUCUUUUGUAGUCCGUUGGAUGUAAAUUUAAGGGUAGAAAAAAUCUGGGUGAUUUUUUCUUAGAAAUCACCUGACAAAUAAAUAGACAAUCCCUACCGUGUGUGCUUAAACACACGAGAACCUUCCCGUGCGGAUCUAGACUCCCGGUAACAUUCUAUGUAACGGACUCUUUCAGACGGCACGGUGGCUUACCGUGUGUUCGAACAGCAAUAAUCAAUCAAGCAGCCAUCUCCAUGGAAAGCUAGUGAGCAGCAAUAAUCAAUCAAAAGGAUUAUUUAGCAGUUAGCACCACCUAAGCUCAAAUUCUUCUUCCGUUUUUCUCUUUCUCUCGGUUUCAAUAGGCCAACACGGGAAGCUAGUGAACAGCAAUAAUCAACCAAGCAGCCAUCGCCAUGGCAGCUACCAACACGGCCAUGAGCUUGGUGCUGUGCCUGCUGGUAAUGAUCAUCUGCUCCACGCACCGGUUGCUGCAUCCCCAACCCCAGCUUGCGGCGACGGCGGCGUCGUCGUCGUCGUCGCCGUUCUCGUCACGCAGCAAGAUAGGCAAGGACAUCAUCGACAAGACGGUCAGCUUCACCCUGUACCAGCAGGAGACCAUGAACAGGACGGGGUACGUCGUCGUCCCCGGCGUCGACGCGCCCGCGCCCGCGAGGGUCGUCGUCAGCGACGCCGGCGAGCCCUCCGCCGACAGGCAGCCCUUCGGCAGCAUGUACGUCUUCCGCGACAACCUGACGGUGCGCGCCGACAGCUCCUCCCGUGUCGCCGGCGUGGCGGAGGGGACCUCCAUCUCGACGAGCUUCGACUGCGAGGACGGCCGGAGGAGCGUGUCGGUGGCCAAGAUCACGCUCCACCACCGCGGAUACCGGGGCUCCGUGUCCAUCCUCGGGGGCACGCCCAACAUCACCAGGCCGUCCGUGUACCCGGUGGUCGGUGGCACCGGCGACUUCCUGUACGCCGUCGGCUACGUCCGGUCGUCGCCGGUGGACACGCGUGGGCGGACUCGGACGACGUACAAGAUGGAGCUUCGCUUGUACUGGCCGCUGCACGCCUAUUUCGCUCCAAUUCCGUAGUAACACAUCGAUCAACGUUCUUCCAUUCGCGUCUUAUUCCAACUAUAAUUCCAUGCAGAAGUUAUUUUUGGAGUUAAUUUGAUACAUGAACUAAGAAAGAUUUAAAUGAUUUUAUUGCCCUA